AUGCCGGCGAAGACGAGAAAGAGAAAGGCGUCUGAAGAAGAGGUGGAUGAAGUUGAAGAAGUCCUUCAGCCUUCAAAGAAGACAGGUCGUGUGACACACAAGAAGCCGAAAGCAGGGCCCAGUACUUUAAAGAAAUCAAAGUCGGCAUCAUCUUCUGCGAAGAAUGCAAAGAGUGAGAUUCGGCGAAAUGCAGAUAGCUUGCUCCGCAUGAUUGAGGACCAGUACAACAAUGCCCAAUCUGGAUUUACUGGAAACAAUUCGUUGAGCUCCAAAAUUUCUGCCAUUCUGCAAGAUGGUCUCGACACACAGAACGUUAUACAUCAAAAGUCGCUUGGUCGCAUCAAAACCUUACAGCAUACCCUAGAUGAGUACGAAGCGGCGAAUGGAGACUCGAUCAAGGUGAGAAAGCCGACGGAAGGGGCCCAGUGGGAGCAAGACGCCAAAGAUGUCACCAAGGUGGAUAAAAAGGCGACGGAUAUUUUAAUACAGACGCUCAAUGGCUUGAUUAUUUCUGGAGAGCACGCCAAGUCGCUUCGAUCACCACCACGCUCUGGUGAUGAUAUCGAACAGGCUGCUUGGCGGUGGAUAGAAGGCGGAAUUCCACCCGCAGAUGAUACAUGGGGAUCGAGCGCACGAGAAACUUUGAAGGCUUUUGCGGGAGUUGCAAAGCUUCUUUUGUAA